UGAUGUAAAGUUAGUUUCCUUCUUCUAAUACUGAAACUAGUAUUAGAAAGAAUGUCUUCCGAUGCCGAUGACUCAGCCUAUAUGUUUGUGUCUGUGUGUUUGAAUUUGUAUUGUUCAUGCCAGGAUUACACCAUGACCGUGUACCUGCGGCAGAGCUGGAAAGACGACCGCCUGUCCUACAAUCACACCAACAAGACGCUGGGUUUGGACAGUCGAUUUGUGGACAAGCUCUGGCUACCCGACACCUUCAUCGUCAACGCCAAAUCUGCUUGGUUCCACGAUGUCACUGUGGAGAACAAGCUGAUCCGCCUGCAGCCAAAUGGAGUCAUUCUAUACAGCAGCCGAAUCACUUCAACGGUGGCCUGUGACAUGGACCUGACUAAGUAUCCUAUGGAUGAACAGGAGUGUAUGCUGGACCUGGAAAGCUAUGGCUACUCCUCAGAGGACAUUGUGUACCACUGGUCGGACAGUCAGAAGCACAUCCACGGCCUGGACAAACUAGAGCUCUCCCAGUUCACCAUCACAGACUAUCGGUUUGUCACUGAGAUGAUGAACUUCAAAUCUGCUGGACGGUUUCCAAGGCUCAGCCUUCGCUUCGAGCUGAGGCGUAACCGAGGUGUCUACAUCAUACAGUCAUACAUGCCAUCCAUAUUGCUGGUCGCCAUGUCCUGGGUGUCCUUUUGGAUCAGCCAAACAGCAGUCCCUGCUCGUGUGUCCUUGGGGAUUACGACUGUUCUCACUAUGACCACCCUGAUGGUAAGCGCCCGCUCCUCCCUUCCUAGAGCGUCGGCCAUCAAGGCAUUGGAUGUCUACUUCUGGAUCUGUUACGUGUUUGUGUUCGCGGCACUCAUCGAGUACGCCUUCGCUCACUACAACGCUGACUACAGGCUCAAAGAGAAGGCCAAGGUGAAGGCCAACAAGCUAAGCUCUGAGUCCAUUGUGAAGAACGGCAAACAGGCCAUGGUUCUGUUUUCCCUGUCGGUCACCGGAAUGAACCAGGGCGUGAUGAUUUCCAACCGCCACGGGCGGCCCAAGCGCUCCAGCAGUGAAAUCCCCAGGGAGGGCGGCAGCGAGGAGUCCGAGCCCAGGAGGAGAAGAUCCCGGCAGACGGAGGAGAGCACGGAGGACAAGAAGUGCUGUUCCAAAUGCGUCUGCAAGCCCAUUGAUGCCGACACCAUCGACAUCUACGCCAGGGCCGUGUUCCCUUUCACUUUCGCCGUGGUGAACGUGAUCUACUGGGUGGCAUACACCAUGUGAAUGGCUGACAUCCAGGGCUGUAUAUAAGAAACUGCUGGAGUCUCGUCACUUCAAUGCUGGCAGACUGGUGCACCCCAAAUAUACUGCAGGCCUCAGUAAAAAAAGUAAAACGAAACAAGACAAUCUUCAGACAAAAAGAAGUGUCACGGUCUCUGAAUAUGGAAAUACGGUAAUUAAUGGAACUAGUUCAGAGUAUAAAAAGUGUUAGCAGGACUAUAUAUAUUUAAAUACAAUUACAGAAAUGUGCUGUAUAAAGGACUGUAUUGCCUGCACAGUUACAGUUUAGCCAAUUUCCACACGUCAUCCUGUUAUAAGAACGUAACACAGGACUAAAAAUCUACCUGCAGUACUGACCACAAGCUCACAUCUCGCAAACACCAAAUAGCUCAACAAACUCAAAGCAACAAUCUGGAGUGAACCGCCUGUUAUCUUGAGAAAAAAAGAAGCAAAAGCGCCGCCCAAACUAGAGAUGAGGUGUACCACUAUCCUGCAUGGCUGAUAACUCACUCACCCUCUUCCCGCGCCAUCGCCACCCCCUCUCUUCCUUUCUUCCUCUCUCUUCUUCGGUCCUCCACCCAUUUUGUUUUCAAUUCAUUUUUCGUACAGAACACCGUCUGCGGGGUCUUAUCUCCUUCUGCCAGUUCUGCCUGUUUCCUCACCAUUAAAGGACUUCCUUCACUACAGUA